CUUGUACCUCAGUUUGAAGGAUUACAUGAAGUAGUAAUGAGGCACAUAUUUUAAAUCAGUUACAUAUUGGGUAAAUGCAAAUGUUGAUUGAACUCCAGACUCUUAUAUCAGAAUGGAAGCAAAGCAAUUUUAUAAUCGCUCUAUUAGUCCACUGGUUACAAAAACUUUCGCCUGUAAAUGGUCUGAAGAUAAUCGAUUAUCUGUUGUCACUGAAAAAGGAGUUCAUAUAUUUGAGGUGAUACCAGCCCCAAUGCAAACUAACCCAAUUUUGAAAUUGUCUCGUUCAUUUAUUUAUACUUCAGAGGCACUACCUGGAGAAAUUUAUAUGAAGAAUAUAUUGGAUGAGAUUUUCGAGUGGAAAAAAGAAGAUAUUUAUUCAUUUCUUAUGCAUGAUUAUUAUACACCUAAUUUUCCUAAGGCAUUAAAAAUGACCCCUGAAAUUGUAGAUGUAUUUUGGUCACCAAAAAAUCUUUUACAUUCUCAUAAGUGUCUGUUAGCUAUUGUAACUUCGGCUGGUGCAGUUGAACUAGCUUUAGAGGUUGAUCAAAAUUGGAUUUCAAUCUUUGAUUUUGUUAGUUUAUGGGCUCCUGCCAUUAAUGAAGAAUUAAAAAUUGAAAAAGGAAAGACAAAAGUAGAUGCUGGAUGUUUAAAAAUGCAAUUGAAUCGUUUAAUAGUUACAACUGUUACUUGGAGCCCUAUUUAUUCAGAAUUUAGUGAUUCGUGUUUUGCUUACUUAGUAACAGCACAUCGAAACUCAGAAAUUGUAAUUUGGAAAAUUCAUAGGGUGAUAAAUGAUAUCAUAAGUAUUGAUGUAAAAAUCAAUGUUGAAUUAAAAUUAAAAAAAAAAUUAACCAACGAAAGUAUUAAAAUUAAUAAUUUACUUUGGAUACAUUUGAAUCAACAAAAUUAUCUUCUCAUUAUUGGAUUUUUUAAUGGUCAAAUUGGUGCUCUUAAACUGCAAACAUUGGAAAAUGAGAUAGCGUUUGAAUCGUAUUCCGUAUCUUAUGAUGAGGCAGAUAAUAUUCCUGUUGACUUUAUCCAUGUUUUAGAGAAAACAGAUUUGUUUAUAAAACUCGUUGUUAUAAAAGGAAUGUAUCUCCUCAUUCUUACUUUAGAUUUUCAUGGGAAAAUGAUAAAUACAAAAUUUAUUUCCAGUCCAGGAUUUUCAAUAACAGGAGUGUCUGUGGUAAAUACUGAUUUAAUUUUAAUUACUACUCAAGAUGGUAAUUUCUAUGCAGUUCAAAAGUCUCAUUGUGAGCAAAAACUAAUUUGCAUUCCAAUAAAAAUUGAUUUAUUAAAAAAUCCAGUUCAAUAUUUAGGCCUUGCUAAUUCACCAAACAAAUUAUUAUUUACGCUUGUAACAAGUCCAAGUACCAUGUAUGAUCAUUUGAUUCAUCGAGAUCCUAGUUUUAUUUGGUUUUUAAGUUUGUUCAAUGUCGCAUCGUUGAAUCCAUUAGACAUUAUGUAUCAGGAAAAAUCUCUACUAAACUGUUGGGAUUGUUUAGAACUAAUUAAAAUCAAUGCUUUGAAAUAUAAUGAUUUACAACAAAUUUUAUCUGAUGUUGAAUUUAACAUGGAAUCAUUGUCCCUUCAUAAGCUUCGUAUAGCAUAUUGGAUUAUGAUUAUAAAUGAAAAUUUAAAAAAAAAAAAUUUUGUUGAAGAUACUUUCAAAUUAUCUGAGGAAAUCGAACAAGCAAAGUCUUAUAUUUUUCUGCAUUCUGCAUCAAAUUAUCUUAAUCAGUUAGCUUUACAGGAGAAUUUAAAUGAGACACAAACAUUAUCUAUGAAUCUAUUGAGAAGCCAUUUAGAAAUUUGGUUUGCCGGAGAAGAAGAUGAAGAGGAAACUCAAUUAUCACAAUACAUUAAACAAACUUUAGAAAGUACCAAGCAGUUCAAUUUAAUGAAACAAGAAAACUGCAAUUUAUGCAAAGAUAAAAUUGUAGAACCAUGGGCUUCGUCAUGUUCAAUGGGUCAUGAAUUACCAAGAUGUGCUAUAACUCGUUUACAAAUUACAUGUAUAAAAUUUCGUAUAUGUGUUGUUUGUCAAGAAAUCUUUCAUCCUUGUUUAAAUAUAGAAAUGAAUGAUGUGAGAUGUUUAUUUUGUGAUUUACCAGCAAUUUAUAAAAAUCAAUUAACAAAUUUAUCAUUGCAAACGUCCAAGAAGAAUUUGUCUAAGAAACAAGUAGCAAUGAUACAAAAUAAAGAUUCUAAAGAUGAUUGAGGUUAGGAUUAUAAUGUAAGUGAUACUUAGAUUUCUACCUAUAAAGAAUUUUGUAUAACUAUUAAGCGUACUAUAAUCAAACUAUAAACUCAUUCUCAAAUAAGGCAACUAAUUUAUGCAAGUAUUAUAUAUUAAAAAACAAUAAAUUUAUUAAGCUAUUUUAUUGUAAU